ACAGAGUGGCGCUGCCUGGUGACCAAGUGGUAGAGUGACUGACACAACCCAAACCCAAAUCAUGAUGAACAGGAGGAGAACACGAUCAUCACCGCUGGACCCGGACCCGGUGAAGCAAGAAGACUCUCAAGUAGAAGAACAAGACCCGACAACAAACUGUCGUUUGGUGACGGCUGCUGCUGGGCGCUUCCAACUCCCCGAUGGUUGGUGCGUUGAGCUAGUCCAUCGUAGCCUUACCAGCGCUCAACCCCACCGAGUUGACAAGUAUUUCAUUGAGCCUCACACGGGACGGAGGUUUCGUUCAAUAUUAGCUGUUCAUAGAUACCUAAAAAGUGGACAAGUUGAUACACAAGCAACUGCUGAUAAUGAAGCAGUUGUUGAUAAACAAGCAACUAUGCAAAUUACACGACAUACCAGUAAGUGUAGUCCUGACUUUGUACUACCAGAUGGUUGGAAGAUCGAAGAAAAGCCACGAAUGAAUACUAGGAGUAGUCACAGUGACAGGUAUUAUAUUGAACCAGGAAGUGGAAAGCGGUUCCGGUCUUUAGUAGCUGUUGAGAGAUACCUUACAGAAGAAAAUGAUCAUACUCCACCUCAGGCAUUGAUACAUACCAAAAAGUUGAUGCUUUCAAGUGGAUCCAGCAGCCAGAACAAAAAGAUUCGGCCCCUUGUUUUAAAGAAUUCAUCACAUUCGAACGCAUGUGAUAGCACACUCAAUGGAUCAAGGCAGAACACUUAUUCUUCACUUUCAAGUGGAUCCGGUGGCCAGAAGAAAAUGAUUCGGCCCCUAAAAGUUGUUUCUAAGAAUUCGUCACAUUCAAAUGCAUGCGAUAGCGCACUCAAUGCAUCAAGGCGGAACACUUAUUCUUCACUUUCAAUUGGAUCCAGUGGCCAGAAGAAAAAGAUUCGGUCCCUAAAAGUUGUUUCUAAGAAUUUGUCACAUUCAAAUGCAUGCAAUAGCACACUCAAUGCAUUAAGGCGGAACACUUAUUCUUCAACUGCAGAGCAUGUUCCUCCCAAGAAACAAUUUCCCUCAGAAAACAGUAGACCUUCGCAGCUCAUUAUUAGCAGCCAACCACCGAAAGUUAAAUGGGUCCUUGUUGGUCGUGGGGGUGAUGAGUUUCAUCCCUUCAUGGAUGAUUCUAUGGUCGCCGAACCUGUCACACAUAGAUGGUCUGAGAUUUUCAAAUCAACUAUUUAUGGUGAAAUUGCGAAGGCACCAUUUUUCUGAAUUUUAUCCUUUCCGCCAGAGUGGAACUGCUGUAAAAAUAUAGUUUUGGCCCAACCCACCAAAAAGUUUUCCAGGUUCUUAAAAAUUGUAGAAUUUAGUAAUGCAAGACUAGGGACUUCAGAGCAACUGAUAUGAGGAGUUGCUGGUAUUCAUAUACAGACUUGUUGGAGCAUCAACGAGCAAUAUAUAAAUUGCUGUAUAGUUAUGGUGAUAAA